CACACAUUCAGAUGCAUACAUUCUCUCUCUCUCUCUCUCUCUCUCUCUCUCUCUCUCUCUCUCUCUCUCUCUCUUCUCUGUUCCCCUCUCUCAUCUCUUUUCCUCUCCUCGUAUCCACCAGCAACUGCGCUGAACAGCAUCUCUCACCCUCACCAAGCCUGUGGAUCCCUUCACUUGACUAAUUAUCCUUGAAGUGCUGCUGAAGAUCAUCAUAUUUAGCUUAGCGACCUAACGGCAGAGUGCAGACAGAUAUAGACCAGGCUGACUGGAGGCAGGGUGCCUGACAGUGGGCAAGCUCUCUAUCUCUCCCUAUUCACACUCAGUGCCGUGGGCUACGCACUGACAGAUCGUCGGAAGUGAGGGGUGGUUUGCUUUGAAACAUACAAGAAGGAAAUAGAGAGAGGAACACAUUUGAGACCACAGCGAAACCACAGGAUGGAAGUCUGCUGUGAGACUAAAUCCUCCUAAAGACAAAGACUUACAGGACACACAGUGGUCACUGUGCAGCAACAUUCAGAGAUUUAAGAUGAUUGAUAGUCGGCUGUCAGCGCAGAGGAGGGCGAUGAGGAACCUCCCUGCAGACACAGGCCAGCAAAAAAACAGCAAAUACAUCGUGCCCUGCUUUCUCUUUGUGGAGCUGGUCAUCAUGGCAGGGACUGUACUGUUGGCAUACUACUUUGAGUACACGGACACAUUCCCUGUGCACAUCCAGGGCUUCUUUUGUUUCGACAAAGCCUACUCCAAGCCAUACCCGGGACCGGAGGACAACAGUAAGGCACCACCCGUCUUAGUCUACUCCCUCGUCACCGCCAUCCCCACUGUGACGAUCUUGAUUGGGGAGGUGACCAGUUUUUUUGUCAAAACAGAGGGUGCUCAGGAGAAGACCAUAGUGACGGCCGACUGCUGUUAUUUCAACCCUCUUCUCCGUAGGAUCGUACGGUUCCUUGGUGUCUAUUCCUUUGGCCUCUUUACUACAACCAUCUUUGCUAAUGCUGGCCAAGUGGUGACAGGAAACCAGACGCCUCAUUUCCUGUCUGCCUGCAAGCCAAACUACACAGCCUUGGGCUGCCAGUCUCCACUGCACUACAUCACAGAUCACCGGGCCUGCACAGGAAACCCAUACCUGGUGGCAUCCGCUCGCAAAUCUUUCCCUUCCAAAGAUGCUGCACUCAGCUUUUAUUCAGCCAUCUACACAGUGAUGUACGUGACCCUGGUGUUCCAAACCAAAGGGACCCGUCUGACCAAGCCCACCCUCUGUUUGGUGUUACUUUCCCUGGCUGUGCUCGUGGGUGUGGUGAGAGUGACUGAACACAGAAACCACUGGAACGACAUCCUGGCGGGAUUUGUGACCGGAGGGGCCAUCGCUGCAUUUUUGGUAUCAUGUGUCAUCAACUAUUUCAAGCAAACCCAGUUGGCUGCACCAGCUCCUCCUCCACAACGUCCGGAGCCUCCGACUGGACUCCCGCUCCUCAGUCUGCCCCGUGUGGAGAGUCCACUCGAAAAGUUAAGUGGCCUCCAGACUCCAGGGUUACCGUAUUCUGAGAUCACAUGACCAUCAGCCAAUCCCGUCCCCCACCCCUCCCGAUGUACUUCUCCCCUCACGGCGUUGCCUCACCAGCGCAGUCUAGAUCUGCCCUCUGAAUGCCCCCCACCAUGCCCCGCCCAUCCUGAAGGACGGCAUCCUCUCCGGCGAGUCAAGUCCACCCAGGUCUGAGGAUCUGUUAGUCACAUGAGACUAAAAAAAGCAAAAAAAAAAUGGCUGAAAACUGUGAUCUGCUUUUGGAUCUCUGCUCCAGGAGAUGGACACGUCCAAUCCUGUUGUGUGCCGUUUUGCCGCCCAAGUGGACCUCAUUUUCCGUUUCAUAAAAGACCUGAUGAAUGGCUCACCAAAGCCAGAGCUGUUGAAGCAAUACUGUGCCCUAUUUCCUCGUCCUUUUUUCCACAAAGACUCAGCAGUUACUUCUAAAGAUUGUUGGCUGGUGAUCACUUGAUAAAACUUGAUCAAAUCAAAAACUCAGCUGAGCUGAGGAUUUGCAGAUGGAAGAAAAGCCUAAUCACUAGUGGUUUAUCCUCAAAAGACCAUUUUGUAACACUCAGGAGAAAUAAAUGGAAAAAAAACUGACAAAAGUCCUUUAUAUAAUCACAAUGCAGGUACCAUCGAACUUUUGGUACAGAAUUGUUUCUGUUCUCAAAACUAAGAAAAGACUCUGUCAAAGAAGAAAGCACUUUUGUACAUUAAAGCACAGAUGAACCAGUUCAGUUCAGUAAACUGUGUUGUAUUCUAUUUGUUUUUGAGGGAUGUGGGUUUGAUCUUUUGCUGUAUAUUGUUUGAAAGGAUUAUACACACUAGAGUUGUGCUACUGACACCACAUUUGUUUUGAGACAUCUGUUCAUUCAUCCCCUCUGAAAUGAACUACACCAGAUUUCAAUCAACUUAAAUAACUUUUAUCUAUUUAUUAUUCAGAUGUGUGUUUAUUGAUGUCUGUAGGAUCUGUGUUCAUGCUGUGAAGUAUUUGACUUACUGCCUAAUCCUGUGUAGAGUUCUGUCUGUGUUAGUUUGAACAAAACUCUCACUUUUUCCUCUUCCCUUCACUAGUUUUUGAUUUCCAUGUGUCUCCUCCUUUUCUUUAAAUGACCUUUAUCCAACUGUUAAUGUAUUUGCUUCUGUUUGUUCACAAAGCACCAAUCUGACCUUUUCUUAAACAAAUGUUUUUUUUGAAGAGGAGCAUUAACAGCAGGUGUUCAUUCUCUGUGCUUACCAUCAUCAUUUCUUCACAAUGAAUCUAGGAAACCAACGGCACAGACUAGUAUGUAUUAACACAGUGGUAAGACCUUGGAGCUUUGUAUAGUUUUGUACAGUAUAUAGGUUUCUUUACACAGUAUAUACUAUCGUUAAAGCAUAUGAAUUAUAUGAAGCUACCUGAAUCUGUCUUGCAGGAACAUGAGUGGUAGCCUGAUCUAAAGUAGGAAUGUAGCGCAUUGGAGAAGUGUGUGAAAUCUAACAGCAUGGUUGGUGUGUUUGGCUCACAACUUGCUUUGGUUCUGCUCAGUUCAGAAGGACACUGCAGGAAGCUUAUACUACACAAUGGGUUAUAUAGAGAAGAAAUUAUUAUGGUUUUGUUAAGCGUGUGUGUGUGUGGAUGUGCGUGCUUAUUGGGAUUCCUGAGUAUGUUUGUAAUGAGCACACUGUAUGGCAGCAUAACUGUUAAUUUGGCAAUCUGUUUUCUUAAGUUAAACUGUCAAAAGUAGCUGCUAUAAUUACUCACUUGUGCUGGUGUGUAAUUCCAGGCCUUCAAAGGACCCCUGCCAAGGCGUCCUAACAAUGCCUGUUAUAGCAGAAGGUGCUCAUUAUAGCUCUGAAAUUACCUACAGUAAAACUUUUCAGUCUGAACUUUUGUAACCAACUGAAGAGGUAGAGAAGUCCAUAACAGUCCAAAUAAUGUUAUUUUUAUGUUAAAAUGUCUCUGUUUUGUAUUUAUUUGCCAAAAUAAAUAACAAUUAACACUUGG